AGAAACCAACGCGAAUGAGACGUCAUAUCCUUACGCAUUCAGUCCUUGUUGGUCUGUCAAGAGGAACACCAGCGGGAAUGUGACACACCUGGAUUUCUGAGGGUCACUAGAUUACCUUGUUUAUGGUUGGAUUACAAAGCAACGAACCAUGUGUCCAGGAGGAAAGAUUGACAACAUCAAAUAUUUGAUGUAUGCAUUCAACAUUGUGUUCAUGGUUCUUGGUCUCGGUAUGACAGGGUUUGGGAUUUGGCUCCGCCUUGGUCCACACACAGGCAAAUACAUAGAUGAAGCGUACAAUUUCAACCCAUUGUAUAUAUCAGCUUAUAUCUUCAUCGGUAUCGGCGCUGUUAUGUUCGUGAUUGGUAAUGUCGGGAUCUGUGGAGCAAUCAGGAAAAGGCAGCAACUUCUUAUGGUGUACUUCAUGAGUUUGUUCAUCUUCUUCGCCAUUCUUCUUGUGACUGGAAUUGUCGUCUUGACUCAAAGGAAACCUUUGAAGGAUGCCUUCCGGAAUCACCUACAGAGCAAAGUCAACGCUUUUACAAAUUCAGAUGCCAAAACGUACAUGGACAAUUUUCAGAAAACAUUUAAUUGCUGUGGAGCCGAAAGAGGCGUUUUCGAUUAUCGCAUCGUGAACAUAACCACGGACGACUGUACACAGCAGAACCACUACAGGCCUUGUGCCGACGAGUAUAUGAAGCAACUGACACCCAACAUCGUCGUGACGAUCGGAGUCGCCUUCGGCACUGCUGCUGUCAUGAUUUUAGGAAUGAGUCUGUCGUUGAUAUUCAGCUGUGCCGUACGGAGGGCUGGAUAUUGAUGGAAGAUCCAGGUCAAGAGAAGAACAACGAAUUGGUCGAUAAGCAAGACUUGAAGCAACACCAGCUGUACCGCUUUAUGUAUCUGAAUUUAUAUUCACAGAAAUGUUUAUGUUGGUUCAUUUCUGGAACUUUGUCCUCGCUUUUUCAUACUUUCUGUAACCUGAAAUGAGCCGUUUAUUGACGUGUUCAAACAGCACAUAUGACAACUGACAAGUCCGCAAUAUAUUGUUAUAUUGAUCUAUGUCAGCUGUAACUGUACUGUCACAAUACUUUAUUCUACCAUGCAUUUGGAAAAUACUCGAUUUUGAUUGGUCAGUCAGAAGUAUCAAAUCACAAUAAACCCUCUCUGAUUGAAACAACCGAUUUGACGGCCGCGUCACUGUGGAAGGUGAUAUAUUUUACAAAAGUACUUCUUUAAAGUCAUUAUCAGUAGGCAUAUUUAAAUAAUUAUAUGUACAAUUAAAGACUACAAAAUACAAUGUUGCGGUUACUACACUAUUCAGGAUGUGGGGCUAUACAUAUGGUGCAGAAAACAAGAUAGAAAUCAACAAAGAGAAUGAAUUUCAAAUUUGAGGACAACAGAGAGCUUGAUAUUUGGCGCUUUUCUAUAUACGACUGUGACGUCAUAUCUUUUGCGACAAAGUGAGCGAUCUGACGUCAUAAAAGUGGUGUGCGGUGUAGAAAUAAACUUUCCUCAAGGCUUGCUUAGUUUUCUUUUUGGGUGCCUACCUCAUGUCAGCUUGAGAAGCUGUCGUGCUACAUGUGUUCAGCGCUUGUCAUAAGUUCGAAUGAUGUAUUACAUUACAUUACUGCUUGAGCAUAUAGAGUGGCAUAUUUUGUUUAAAGGCUGUCGGUGAUUCCGUAAAUUCUGAUUGACAACCCACUCAAAACACUGGACUCAACCCAUGCCUCUUGACUCAAUGUAUUUGCUAGCAGGAAAGAGUUCACGUUUCAUUUGGACAUGACAGAAUGGAAAUAAACAUGUAGAACCAGGUCACCUGUAGAUUUAACCGCGCUAAAUUUAAGAUCUAAAACCUUAAGCUGCGCAUUCGGUUCAAAAUUCAAUUUAGGGCGGUUAAAUCUACAGUUAAUCAGUUUGCUUAUCUCGUAGUUGAUUACUGUUACCUUCACUCGCAUGUGACUUUCUAAAGGGCGAAAUGUCAUGUCGUUUAGGCUUCUGGACAUUCGUUCUCAUGUUUGUAUUUUUGCUCUCAUUCAGUUCUUGGAUUCAAUUCAUUGCCCCAUUGUUAUGGCGGCCAUCUUUAUGAUUAUUUUUUAGGAGUAAUAGAUUUUCAAUCAUUCUUCUUUUCCCAUCAGAACAUGUAAAUAUGUUCCGAGGAAGAGCUGUGCUGUGGAAUGACCCUUCCAAAACAACCCUCAAUGUUUGUUAGUGUGUUUGUUUUGUUUAGUGAAGUCAGAUGUUAAAAAGUUCUUGUCACUCAGACAUUUUACAUUCAUUUAAUUAAUUAUAUCAUGUUUUAAUAUUAAUUUAUCGAAGAAUACUGAUAUCAGUUUACCUUAUCAUUAAAUCAAUUAUACGUACCAGUGCAUUUCAUAAUAUAUUUCAAAGAACCGUAUGUAUUUCAAAGUGAAAUACUGAUAUUAGCAAUGUCUUUCCUGAUGUGACCAUGGUAUCUUAUGAUAUCACUUUUUGGAUUACCGAUAUUAAAUGUUAAUGUGGUAAUAACAACUGAUAUCAUUAAUUGAUUGUAAAUAUGAAUAAAUCAUUUGCCGGAUGUCA